AUGGGGUAGGCGGAGGGCGGCUCGGCCGCCGCGCUGGAGAAGCCGCCGCUGCCCGCGGCCGGGCCCGGAGCCGCCGCCGCCGCCGUCGCUGCUGCCGUCGCAGCCGCCGCUGCGGCAGCGGCCGCCGGCCCGGAGCCCGGGGUGCCGGCGGAGGAGGCGGUGGUGGUGUGGAGCCCCGAGGUGGAGGUUUGCCUCUUCCACGCCAUGCUGGGCCACAAGCCCGUAGGUGUGAACCGCCACUUCCACAUGAUCUGUAUCCGGGAUAAAUUCAGCCAGAAUAUCGGGCGGCAGAUUUCUUCCAAAGUGAUCUGGGACCAUCUGAGCACCAUGUAUGACAUGCAGGCGCUUCAUGAAUCUGAGAUUCUUCCGUUCCCUAAUAUAGAGAAGAAUUUUGCUCUGCCUGAUGAAAUGAUUCAAGAAGUGAGAGAAGGAAAAGUAAUGAUAGAAGAAGAAGUGAAAGAGGAAAUAAAAGAAGAGAUGGAAACACAUGCAGGUCCAGAAGAAGUUUUUGCGCCCUCUGGAAGUUUAGGAAAAGCAGCCGAAAAGCCGAGUAGCAAAGAGAGAGAGAAAACUUCAUCCGAGUCUGGCUCCAAGGAAGGAUCUGAUAAGAGGAAACGAAACAGAGUCACCGAGAAGGUGCUGAACGCCAACAGCAACCCUUCCAGCCCCAGCGCCGCCAAGAGACGGAGGACGUGAACAGGCUGGGAAAGUGAAUCAGCUGUGGAACAGGAGGAGGGGAUGUGAAAAACGGGUAGCACGAUAGUUGCUCCAUCAACCUUUUGAGAAGGGAAAAGAUACCUGAGCCAGGAGUUUGAAGAAUCUACGUCUGGGUUUUAUAGAUGCAAGACUUGGUCUUUCCUCCUGUGUUUUCUAGUCAGCACCCAGCAGGGGCUGCCUCCUCAGGGCACGGGGGGAAGGGGUUGAGUUUCAUGUCUGUGACAAUUCUGGGGGUUGCAUUUCAAGCAACAUGCCCUGUAUUGGCAUAGUUCAUGGGACAAGUGCUGAGUGAAACACAGAGCCCCGGGCCAUGAAAAGCAUAGGUUCUACACAUUUUGGGUUGUUUUUUCUGCCUUUGUUGCUGUCUUGGAGCGUUGCAGCCCCUCUGUGGGCAAUGCUGGUUUACUUGCUGCUGACCUAGUGUUGGCAUCAAAUAUCUGAAUUAAUUGGUUCAGUAAAACAAAAAUUCUCUUCAGUACAGGUAACUACUGAGUUAAAGUAUUCUUUCACUCUGUUUGCUGGAGGAGCCUUUCCAGCUUUCACCCCUACUGAUGGAACAUUUUUCAGUCUUUAUAGGUUUAUUUGCCAUAAGUGAAGUGAAAAUGCUAAUGCCCCUGGAGUAAUAUCUAUUAAUUAUCCCAAAUAAAAUAUCCAGUGAUGUCCCAUGGUUUUGUAAGGGAUCAGCUGAGCUAUAUAUGAGCCUGGAAAUGUUACUUCAUUUUUAUACAGCAGUGGGUUUUGUACUUCAUUAUUUAUUUUUUUUAAGCAGUUUUAGUAGAUGUUGAUGGAAUUGUUAGUCCAAAACGUUCUACAACUGAAGAGUCUUACUGACAUGGUAAUGCUUUUCUUUUAUACACUAGAAUAUUAAGGUUUUAUGAAGUUAACUAUUUUGAUGUUGUGAAAAGAUGGACUGCGAUCAACAGACAGACUAAGUGGUGAACAAAGCAGGCUGAACUGUUACCCAAUUUAUUUCACCAUAUUAUCAGUUCAUAGAAAGAAUUACUACUUAGCCUUUCAGUGUUGCCUUCAAAAGUGAGGAACUAGGAAUCUACUGGGUUUUGUUUUCAUUCUGGGUAUAUAGCCAAGUUCUUGUCUGCAUUUUUUGCUUCACUUGUUUUAUACCAAGAAUAAAUUUGACUUGUCUUUAUUUUACUAAAUGCUGAUUGUUGUGUAACUUGAUUAAAAUUUGGCCCAGCUUAUUCUGAAAGCUGUUCAGGUAUCUUGUCCCUUUAAUGAAACUGGUCUAAAGUGCCUACCUGGUUUUUUUGUUUGGGUUUUGUUGGUUUUUUUUACUAAUGUUGGUUCGUAAGAACUACCACCCUAUUAUUUCUGGAAGUUAUUUGACAGAAAAUCCUGGCCUGCUGAAGUCCAUAGAGGACUUUCUUCUCUUAAGGAAGCAACAAAUCUUUAAGUUUGGUUAUGUUUUUGUCCAUACAGUGCAGACUUUGUAACUUUCAUGGUCUUGUGGGUAAAGUCUUUUCAUCCAAGAGAUUCUAGUUUGUUUGUUUUGGGUUUGUUUGUUUGUUUUUUCUAUACCUAUGAAAUGUUUCUUAGAGCUUAGAGUAGAAGUGCAUCAACACUAACAUGUCCUGCUGCAACCUCUCAACACCAUCCCUGAAGCAGGGAGGGUCCACUUGGAUUUUGUGGUCAAUCCAGCAACACUGAUGUUUUAGGAGCUGGUUGGGAAGUUAAAGUACUUGGAAAACAUAAAAUGCUUUAAAUGA